CUCCAACAUGCGGCUCACACUCCUUCUCGUCGCCUUCGCGACGCUGCUACAAGUGCAGGCGGGAUUUUUUAGCGUCACUAGCUACUGCAAGUGCAUUUGCUUCUCCAACUCGACGAUCGUCGCGCUGGACCGGCCAAACGUGGACCUCUCGAAGCCAUGUCUCAGCUGCACGCGGCAAUUCUGUCUUGAUCAGAAGCUGGCUAUUUGCAAGGGCGCCACUGUCCCGGAACUCGACACAGACACGGGCACGGGGACAGAAGGCGAUGUGGAGGCGCGGUGCUUCAAACGCGACUCGCCGCGAGACCAGAUCAUCGUAACAUCUUUCCUGUUCGUUGUCGUGGGCAUGCUGCUAUUUGCUGGAGUGCGCGCUCGACUCCGCCGCGCUAUUGAGACGCGCGGACAGCCGACCGACCUGCGCGAGUGGGGCGAGGCGCUGCUGCCUGACGCAUUGCAGGAGCGGAUCCUCGGGUACCAGCGGCAGCGCGAGAUGGCCUCCCAUGGGAGCUAUGCGCCUGUGAGUGUCGGGAGCUAGCCCCCAAAUCCCCAUAUUCUUUUAUAGCUGUGUGUAAAUGUAUCGUGCGACCAUGCCUGGAGACUCCCGGCGCGGCGCCUGUUCCGCA